GGAUUCAGAAAAAAUUAGAGAGCGUCUGGAAAAAGAACUACAAGAGCAACGGGCGGAGAGUUUAAAAGCACAAGUUGGAACUCACGAAAUUACGAUACUUAGGAAAGAAAAUGAUUCUCUGCGGCGGUAUAUCCUUGGGUUGCAAGGAGAGCUUUAUGGAGCAAAAUUGGCUGCAAAGUAUCUCGACAAAGAACUUGCCGGAAGGAUUCAGCAGAUUCAGCUCCUAGGCAGAGACCUGCGUGGUGAAGAGCACGACAAGCUAUGGCGCCAGUUGGAAGCCGAGAUCCAUUUACACCGGCACAAGACUGUUGUUCGGGCUUGUCGCAGCAGAUACACUCAUGCCCCACAGGCAAUGGCAGAUGCAAGAGAAGAGAAUGGGGCUGGUGUUAUGAACGGAAAUGCCAUUGCACAACCAAGUAAGCAGCAACAGCGCAGAGUUGUGGUUCUGGAGAAACCGCCACAUGAAGGCCUAGGAAUGUCCAUUACGGGUGGAAGAGAGCAUGGAGUGCCAGUCCUUGUGUCGGUCAUACACCCAGAUACUCCAGCCAGUCGCUCAGGACAGCUGUAUGUCGGAGAUGCAAUCAUCUCUGUUAAUGGUCUAUCAUUAAAGGAGGUCAGCCAUGCAGACGCAGUGCGACUGCUAUCAUCACAGGAAGGUACUAUCACCCUUGAGGUUGUUUAUGUGUCUCCAGAAGAGGAAGAUGAUGACGAUGCUUCAUUAAUUGAUGAUCCCUAUGGCUUUAAGUACAAAAUAUAUGAUGAAGAUGUAGUAAGUCUUACCAGUAGUCAGCUGAUGCCAAAUGGGCGCCUCUCCAGAGCGUCCAUAGAAAGUGUGCGUGGAUCGACAGACAACUUUCUCCUUGAUUCGCCGAGGAGGGGUGUAGAUGUUGAUGAAGCAAUCAGUGAGGGUGUUGAAGAGAUGGCAGUCAGUAAUGGGGUAAGCUCACACUCAUCCAGCAAUGGCAUACAAGAUCUGACCAUCAGCAGUGGCACAGGAAGUCUGAUGACCAGCAACGGCACGGGUGACUUGACAGCCAGCAAUGGUGUAGAAGCUUUGGCCGUGAGCAAUGGCACAGGAAGCUUAACAAACAGUGGGGUGCUCAUGGAUGAAGCAGUUUCGCAGGAGAGUCUCAGUGGUAACACAGGACAUCUAGAAUUCCAUAGUGAUGUGACAGUAAGUGACGAUGAUGGAACAGAAUCAAAUAAAGAGAAAAAGCAAUCCUCUUCGUUAGCAGAGUCGACAUCAUCUGAAAAUAUGCCGUCAGCUCCAGAAGCACAAAAGAGACCAGCUGCGCAAAAGUUAGACAACCUGCAAUUAUCGGAAAAAUCCUGUGACUUGGAUCCCCUGGACACUGGGAACAGCCCCUCCCCCAAAGAAACACAAGAGUCUGUCACGGAGUCCUCCCUAAGUUCGCCAUCUAUGGAUGAGAGUAUGGAUGACCCUCAGAACAGCUGCACCCCUCUAGAAGACAUCGAACGAAAGCUCAACACAGAUUUUCCUUUAGCAGAGGAUAAGAGCAAAGAGGCAGGCGUUUCUCCAGUAGUAGCUAACCCAGAAAUCCUACCUGUUGUGUUUAAUGGCAGUUACUAGGAGUUCUGUGCUAAUUGUGAGCAAAUGCAGGUAGCUUUACAGUUUGCUCCCUCCACACACAUGCACCUGUUGCUGCUCCCGUGAAAAUGGGUUUCCU